AUGUCUGUGGUGAGCGCGGUUCCGUUCAUGAGGUCGUCCCACAUGCGCUCUCCGGUGCCGCAGGGCCGGAGACACACGCUGCCGGCCAGCGAGUUUCGCACCCUCAGCCCGGAGGAUGCCAUCAGUGUGUUUGAGAUAGAAAGAGAAGGUAAGAAAACUUCAUUCAAUUACUUUGAGAUACCUUUAAACUUGGCUGUUCCGAUAGUUAUUUGCAUCUUUACGCACGGAGACGUUUUGCGUUUUUUUUUUCUUUCACGACUAGAAGCAACAGCAGCAUCUGUUUUCAUACACGACAUGUUUACGUAGAAAAAAUCAAGUUCUUAUUCUUAUUUUUUUUUAAAAAGCAAGUUCUUAUUCACAAGAAGGUGAAAACUCGUUCCUUAAGACAGAGGUGAGAUUUUUUGUCUCGGUUAUCUAUGUUUGUUCUGUUCGGAUAUUCUGGUAAUAUCGGUCCUCCUCUUCCUCACAGCCUUCAUCUCAGUGUCCGGAGAGUGUCCCCUUCACCUGGACGAGGUGCGUCACUUCCUCAGCCUGUGCCCUGAGCUGUCUUUAGGCUGGUUCGAGGAGGGACGGCUGGUGGCUUUCAUCAUCGGCUCACUGUGGGACCAGGAGAGGCUUACCAUGGUAAGGCUGAGUGCAGGGACACCUGGACGCUGAUUUACCUGGGCAGACGAGCUGGACUAGUAGGGGGAUAUGCAAGAUGAGGUUUAAAACAGAUUUACAGAGGAGAUUUUAGAAGAUUUCCUAACAAAUUUACUCACGAGGGCUGGUAUGGAUUUAAUACAGAUAAAGAUAUAAUUUGAAAAAAGGCAGGAAAAGUUUGAAAGUUGAGGUAGAGAUACAAUGAAACACAGUCUGUAAGUAAAAAAUAAAUAAAUAAAUAAAGAUUUCUUAGUUUUCUUCGAGGUUCAUGAUUUCAAACCCUGAUAAUAAUUUCAUGAGCAAUCAUAGUUGUACAACAGGCAUGGAGUAAGAGGGUAGAUAGGGGUCUGUGCACUCCUCAUAAUCAGAUGGGCUACUCCAGAGUCCCUAACUCUUUAAUGCCUCUUGUAUUAUAUUUGAUACAUACUUUUAUACACUUCUAUCAAAUCAAUAUGAUCAAUAAAUUACUAAAAAACACCUGAAUACAGUCCGAUAAAUGAUAAAAAUGUCCUCUUGUAGUUUAUCAGUUUCCAAAUACAUCUAAUGUAUCAAACUAGAGUAAUAAAUAUAUUUGUUCAAUUUGAAGAACAUUUAGAUUUUUUUGGUUUUCAGUAGUAAGUCAAAUAAACAUUUCAGCUCCAAAAAAAUCAGAAUUUUCUGAUCAUAAUUUGUGGUGUCAGGCAUUAAAUGGAUACCCAUAAUCGGCUAUCUGGACUUCUUUUGUUUUGUUCUACUUCAUUUCUUUGGACAGAAAUCUUGUAAAUUUUUUAAGGAUUUAAGAUGAGAGGAUGUUUUUAAAAUACCGUUUCAUUGGUUUUUGAUAUCUAUAAUACCCCGAUGUAAGAGAUCAACUGUUUGUAGUUAGAAAGAAAGGAUGCUUCUGCUGCACAAAACAGUAACAGUAUACACGUUUCAAACUCAACAUAAUGCUGUAUUAUUCCUGUAAAGACUUGGUCCACUUAACUUUACUGUUUAAAAGUUCGGGAUGUUUUUGCUGACUGAUAACAGGGAAAAAUCAUGAGAGGCUUAAAUUUAGGAUAGGUGUGUUUUGUUUUGUACGAUAAGAGGUUAAAAAUGCGCUUGGGUGCAUUAUCUCACCACGAAUUCAACAAGAACUUCUUCUCCUCUCUUGUCCAGGACGCUCUCACUCUCCAUAAGCCCCAUGGGACUACAGUCCACAUCCACGUACUGGCCGUCCACCGCACCUUCCGCCAGCAGGGCAAAGGCUCCAUCUUGAUGUGGCGUUACCUGCAGUACCUGCGCUGCCUGCCCUAUGUCCGCCGCGCUGUGCUCAUGUGUGAAGACUUCUUAGUCCCUUUCUACCAAAAGUCGGGCUUCAAGGUGCAGGGCCCCAGUGAGAUCACUGUGGGUCCCCUCACCUUCAUUGAAAUGCUUUACCCAGUCAGGGGCCACGCCUUCAUGAGGAGAAACAGCGGGUGUUGAGCUCAGAGACUUGAUGGGGAUCCUUUUUGGGACACAUGAUGGGACACUCUCCCUCCUGGAGCAGGAUAAGGGGAAGUCAGAGC